AUGGCCAGAAACAAAAACCGAGAGAUAGGUCGGCGUCACGCAAGUGCCACCCCUCAACGACCCCAUCGUCCUGUACAGAACUUCAUCGAUCUCACUCAAUCUGACCCAUGGGUUCCACGCUCCACCGCCCUACCAGUCAGGCCUACGCCCCUUUCACCAUCAUUCAGCGGCAGGGCAAGCACAGUUGCAGUUCCACAAGACCCAAAGUCCAAUCCGGCCUAUCUGUUCCAGCAACUGGCUCUGGCCAAAAAUCGUGCCAGUAGCCGACCGGUAUUUUCAAGCAAACUAGAAGCGGAGGAAACGGCUGGAGAAAGUGCAGAAGAUGGGCAAGUUGAGACACCAACUCCAGGUCAGAAGGAAGUAAAAGAGAAGCGGAAAAAGAAGUCCAAGGAGAAGAAGGAAAAGCAGCAGCUUGAAGAGGCAGAGGCAGAGGCCAACAAGAAGCCUAACAGAAAGAAGGAGCACAACAAGUCGGAGAAUGGCAAGGACAAGAAGAAGUCUAAGAAGGUCAAAGAGAAGCCUAAAAAUGAUAUGGAGGAGUCGGUGGAAGACAAGAGACCAAAGGAAGUCAAAUACGAACCCAAGGAUCAGGAGCCAGGUACAUCAUUCCCUGGAUUACUCCGACUUUACUUUAUUCCCUCUCGGAGGCACUUGCUAAUCGAAUUCACAGUAACUCAGUCUCGGAAACGAAAGCGCCAAUAUGACGAGGAGAUUUCUUCUCGGCGGGCCGGCGAGAUUGAAGCCAAUGCCAUCAACAAGCUCCGGGAAAGCCUUCCAACCGCUCGAAUCGCACGGGUGACAAAAGAUCUCCAACGAGAGACAGGAGUUGAUCCGACCGAUAUGGCCGUUCUAGUGACAACCGCCCGGGAAACAAUCCUCGACCUUGCCAGGCAACAGCUCGAGCAAACAGAGCGGUCAUUUCAAACCAUACAGACAGAAUUGUUGAGAAUGUUAAAGAAGCAGAAUGACAAAUUGGCAAGAUUGGAAGGGAAGAGAGUGGAAGACUCUUCUGACGAAGAGGGCGACAACGCGAACAGCCGAGCUCCUGCUAGUGAAGCAUGUCCCACCAAUUGA